CAUCUCCAGCACUAAUCCCCGCCCCACCACAGGCAAGUUCAUUCACCUUAUCACCUCCCUAGGUUACCUCACCCAGAGAGCCGGCAUCCUGCGGUUUGGGGGUCUCCAGUUGGGGAUCCUGUUUCAUCACCGGGCCCACAAUCACUGGAAAUGCUGCACUGUCCAAAUCCUCCAGCACUGAGGCUUCCACUGCAAUCGGUAAUACCUCUCGGAUCACUCACCUUCCUCCAGUCCUAGAGGCUGCUCACACCUUGCGUGAUGCUAGCUCUUAUGUGUCUGUGUCUCCUGCUGGGAUCUACAGCGGCAUCUAGUGUGCAAUCCCGCGUCUCGUCCUUCGCAGGGGAGUAUGGCGCAGGUGGAGGUACUGCAUUCUCCUUCUCACCGGAGCAAGUCAAGGGGCCAAUCACGGGCCUGCGAGUGAGGGAGAACCCAAGUCACAUCGUAGGCAUCCAGCUGCAGUACGGUGACGUCUGGGGCCCUUAUUACGGAAAUCCAUCGGGUACUCUCCAUGAGGUCUUACUGCACCGGAAAGAAAACAUCACGCAGGUGUCGGGGAAAGUGGCCUCCUACGUUAAUGAUCUGAUCUUUGUGACAAGUCUGGGAAGAAUUUUCACGUUCGGCCAACCGUCGGGCACUAGCUUCAACGAUUUCCCUCUGUAUGAUGGAACUUUCCUCCGAUACGUGAGUGGCCGAUACUCCUCUGUCAUACACAGCAUCGGCUUCCACUGGGACACGCAACCAAACUGUGUGUACAUAGGAAAAGGAUCCAAGUAAUGGAACUUGAAGAACCCAAGUGGAUUACAGCAUUGCCAAAUGCCCACCAUCACUGUUCUCUGAAUGACCAACCCAAACCCCCCUCACCAACCCUGGUAUAUCCUAACCUGUCUAUAUCUAGACACCUAUUCUAAUGGAAAUAAAUCUGAUGUAUCCUA